CGCAGCGCGAAAGAGGGAGAGAGGGAAGAGGAAGGAGAUGCAGAGAGCUGAGAGGAGCAUCUGAGGAGGAUAACUGCCUGUUUGCUCACUCUUGUCUUCUUGCUCCCCCUCCUGUCCGUUCACUUCCACUCAGACGCUCAGACAGAUAGGUAGGCGCACACAGCGGAGCUCCGGAGCAGCUGAAGGGAUGGAUAAAAAGGUUCCCACGUGAAAGGCAUGAAUCCACGGAAGAAGACGCAACCAAAGAGGGGGAAAAAAUAAACAAGAAAGACAAGAGAGGAAGGAGCAGAUGGACUCUAAAAAGAGGAAAGGAAACGGUACCGAGCAGCAGUGACAAGAGAGGUGGGAAAUAAUAAUAAAAAAGCAAACAUGAACGCCAGAGGGAUGGAAGAAUGGGCUGAAGAGACGUGAAGGAAUAGCGGAGAAGAGGAGCGAGCAUUUGUGGGAGGAAGAGACAACACGGAGGGGGAAACUGGAAGAGAAAGAGAGAGAGAUGUGGAGCUUGAGCCGUCUUCAACCGUGAGAGAAUGAGUAAUUGAGAAGUGGAAGAAGCGCAGAGAGUGAUAAAAUCAACAAGAAAGGACAGGGGAGAAGGAAACAAUGUUGGAAAGGAUAGACCAUUAUGGGUAACUGCACGAGACCAUCCCAUACUUUGGCCAUCCAAUCUGCCAGGGGCCCAGGGGACGAAGCAGGCGUAGAAGGAAGGGCUGCAAAGUAGAUGAGCCGAUGUGAUGGACACAGAAAGAUGGACAGGCUGCAUGCCCUUCCUCCCUGCUUAUUUACCAGAAACAAGAGUUCCUCUCCAUGGAGAUUCAAAGAGAAGAUGGAAUAAAUAAAAGACCUUGAUAUGUUGGACAUUUCUCACAUGCUUGUUUAAAAAAAGAUGCUGCACAUAUUUAUUUUUGUAUGAAAGUAUGAGGAAAGAGAGAGGUUAGCAUUUAUCACAGUGUUCUAUGGUUAAUUUUUACUUGCUGUGCUAAAUAUUAUCACACCUUGAACUGUGAAUCUGGUAUCACAACCUUCCUUGAGAACAGUCUUAGUCACAAAGGAAGUCCUUGGCACCUGAGCAGCUGCACACAAUAAACUGUGACAUAUGUUCUGUGAUGAAACUGGGACUCAGUCACUCAACUGUACAGAUCUCUGAGACUUAUAAUGGAUAUUUAGUGAAGGAGGAUAACCUUCUUUGUUGACACGACCAAGCCUUCACAACAUCAAACUGCCUGCAGAGCCUGUGGAUGUUGGGGGAGCAAGAGAGACAAGAGCGAUGGUGAGCAAAGAGCCAAACCACGUGCUCACAGGCCAAACCAACGGCAAGAGCACUUUGGCGGACAAGUUGCCUGGGACAAUGACUGUGCGCUCUGUGUUGCUCAAUAGAGACUCCCCGGAUAUUGAGAGUCGCCUAAAGCGGCGCCGCAACCGCACCCACCAGGUCCGCUUUAAAGACCUGGAGGAUGGCAGCAGCAGCAGCGGCAACAGUGGAACAGGAGAAAAUAAUAGCCAUCAGAGGGUUGCCACUGAUUGUGACAGCCCACAUCCGCUUCGCAAACACAACAGCAGGGCGCCAACGCCAUGGGCAGACAGGGAUGGGCCGAGGACAGACAGCCUACCUGGCCAAACUUCAGUGGUGGGGGCUGUGCGUGGGGAUAUGGCAAGUACUAUAGAGGUGGUAGCGGCCUUCUUAGCCAGGGCUCCUCCCCAUCCAUUGACGCCAGGUCCGACACGCCGAUGCUGGGCACCACCGCAGAGUAACUCCCUUACCUUGCCAAUGACACGCAAGCCCAGUACGAGCACCAGCACAGCCAUCCAGACCUCCCCAUGCCUGAAAAAAACCAACUCUUCCACACAUAGACGUAGUCACAGUCUUGGGGACUCAGUAGGUGUGGAUGGGGAUGAUGAACAUGACUCUCAAGAUGAGUACCUUACGCACAACCAUGUGCCAUUGCCUGGGUCCAAGGAUCUGAACGGUCCUUCUGCUGCAGGGGAUGUAACAGCUGUGGAACGGAGGUCUAAAUCUUGCAGGACAGACGUUAAGUCAGCUGUGAGUUUGGUAAAAAAUUCAAGACACAGCUGCCCCCCUUCAGUCAUUCACAAUGCUGAGCCAUGCCACUGUUCCACUGUAUCCUGUCGGGACGGACCCAAGCGACAGGGAAGCAGCACUCCCUCAGUGAUCAGGAGGAGAAAGCGACUGAAUAGGACCACAAGUGAUCCUGGAAAGGAAGUACACUACUGCACCACCGUCACUCAGACUGAAAGCCCGAGUCCAUCCCCAAAACCCUCAAGUAACAAACUCUGUACCACCCAAGUCCAAACUGAGAGCCCCUCUCCACCUCCUAAUUCAAAGUACUGCACCGCUCAAAGUCAGACUGAGAGUAAACGCCACUCUUCGCUCAUAAGUGACAAACAAUGCACAACUAAAAUUCAAACUACUGACUCUCACCCAACCCUACCUCCAAACACUGAACAGUGCACCUCUCAGAUACAAACAGACUCACCCAGUCAGCUCUCCCCAGUUCAUCGACCUUGCACUACCCAGACACAAACUUGCAGUCCCUGUGCUUCCCCGCCUCUCACGGUAUCACCCAGCUCAAUGCAAGUUCGAUCCGAGAGUCCUGCACCCAUAACCGUGGCUCAAGACCCUUCCACCACCCAAAUAUCUACUGUGCCUUACUGUACCUCCCCUCCACCUACAAAUGCACCCACACAGAGCCCUGAACAUUGUGCAAAGCCAGUUAGCACUUCUCCAACUAAGCCAGCUUGCACCACUUCGCCCCCAACAGUUGCUCUACCUACUCCUUGCUCGACUGCUGCACCAGCAGUCAUUCAACAUCCCAUUCCUUAUUAUACAGUUGUGUCGCCACCAACAACACCAAGCACAGCUUUGGUCUGCGCCACUCCUCCCAUGACUGCAGCACCACAUCCAAACCCGAGCUGUGUCUCCCCAAUCCCAAAUGUUGAUUCAUUACCUCCUCAAACCCCAGCUAUAACGCCCAGUGUAACCCCCAUUGAACCCAGUAAUCAAACAGCCACCCCAAACGUGACACAUCAACCAACAAAUGAUACACCAAUUGCUAUACCUCCUCCAGCACCCUGUACAUUUGUAACUCAAACUGCCAUGUCUUGCACCUCCAUAUCCUAUUACUCCACCACACAUCCGGUCGGUCCCAAUGCUCCUCAGCCAAAUUCAGCUGCACCUACUUAUGCUACACUCAUCCAGACUGUAUCGCACUGCAAUAUUCCAUGUAAAGCUUUGCAAAAUACCUCUGCUGCCAACACAGGAAUAACCCCCUACUCCUCCCCAGUUCCCAAAUUAAAAUCUUGCACUUCUCCGCCUCCACUUGUGAAAACAUACGUGUCCACUCUUCCACUUGCACAACAAAGUGCAACGCCAACUAAAGCUGUUCCGCUGUAUUCUUCCACAUUUCGUGCUGCGCCGCCAUACACACCCCCCUCUCAGGCCUCCUUCAGUGCUCAGGACAAGAGGGGCAUCCGACUUCCACCUCCUCCCCCACCACCUCCACCAUACACACCCCGCAAAAAGGGAAAUGAAACACCAGGUCCUGCAAUCCGUACACCCAUGCUCAGGGCAGACAACAAGGCCAGCAAGAAAGAUAAAGAUGGGGAGAAAGAGAAAAAGGAAGAUACAAAAUGUACAGACUCACCCAAGCUCUGUGAGCGAGCCAGCUCUUUGAAGCACAGAGCUCAAACUCCGCCAGUUGCUGUGAUGAAGGGAGAGAAGCAGUCCUCCUCCUCCUCCUCCUCUCCUGCCAAGGCCUGUUUUAAGCCCAGCUGUCUCAGCUCAGCCCAGGCUCAGCUUGGGGCACUACACAAAAUGCUCUGCUCAGGAGCCAAUGCCCGGCCCAACACCCCCAACAGCCAACACCCUCUCCCUCCAAACCAGCAGGGUUGCUCUGGGGCCAGGCGCUGCUCUGCUUCAGGGGAGCGGCCUACAGCUGGGCCCCUGACUGCCACCCAAGCUGACACACUGAGACAGGUCCAGGAAAUUCUGGGAGGGUUGGUGGCUGGAGCCAGGUGUAAAUUGGACCCAGCAAGGGUGACAGAAAAGCUCUUGAGUCCCAAUGGACCCCUGCAUGAUAUUCGUAGCCUGCAGAACCAGCUCCACAGCCUGGAGGGAGUCCUGGAGACCAGCCAGAACACCAUAAAGGUUCUGCUGGAUGUUAUUCAAGACCUCGAGAAGAAGGAAGCCGAGAGGGAUGGAAGACAUACAUACAGAACUGGACAGGACAUUGAGAACUGUGGGACCUGCAGGGACUGCGCCUGCAUCAUCUACAGUGUGGAGCACGACUUCCGUCUGCAGGAGGGGCAGGUGGUCCGCACAUGGAAGGUGGGCGACCCUCCUGAGGGCAUGCCACAGCCCCCCACCCCCCAGCCCCCCACACCCCACCAACAGGACUCCCCUCAGCCAGUGCGACCCCCUGCCACCACCAAGAAGAACAGGAAGAAAUGUUUCUGGUUCCUCUGAAAACAAGAGGACAGGAAAAAGAGACACUUUGAUACUGUAAUGCACUGCUUACCCUUCUUUAAAAAAAAUCUAAACUGUGGAGAAGUGAUUAAAAAAAAAAAAACAAGCGUGGAGUGAAGUGGAGAAUUAAAAUGCAAACACAAAAGUGAGGUAGGAGGAAGAGGGACAAAGGUUAUGGUUUUAGCUGUUGUUGUUGGAGUUGAUGGGAACGGUUGACUGGGCCACACAUGUUGUUACUGCUCUUAAAAUCAGCCUCUUCAGCACUUAGAAGUUUGAUACUUGUGCAGGGAAGUAAAAGUGCUGAAGUCAAAUAAAAGCAAAAGUUCACUCCACAUAUGAGUCACAGCUAGGAAGCAAUUAGGAGGUAUAAAGAGAAUAUAUAGCAAGUGGAAAGGGGCAAGGGGCACAGUACAAGAGGCAAUACCGAGUAGAGAUAGAGAAUAUUCUAAAAGAUGAAAUAAAGUUUAUAGGCAAAGAGAGAGAAGACAGAGAGGAAGUAUUCAUCUUCAUUAAUGGACUAAUGAGGGUCAGAACACCAGCUUUUAUAUCCAGAGACAUUUAAAAAGAAUUAUUAUGACCUGUAUUUAAAACUUUUAUGAAACUGUAAUUGAUGACAAAGUACUAUACAUGUCUACAUGAAGCAGCCACACCAACACAAAUGAACAUAUUUACAUAAAAGCAUAUAUCAAUGGAGAAAAUGAGUGAGUUGAGUUCUGUACAUAUCAGGGCUAUUCUGCUUGGAUGCUAUAUUUCAGAUAUGGAUUACUGCUCUA